AUGGCUUUCGCCAUCAAGGCUGCAUCGACCUCCAACUCGACUUCUUCCCCGGCGGUUCACCAGUUGUUAUCGCUCACGACGCGGAUGGCGUCGGCCGCAAAGAUGCCGGCGGGGCGGAGGAAUGCUGCAGCGGUCAUCAGGGCGGUCGCCGCCGCUGUGGCUCCGCCGCCUGCCCCGGCGCCGGCCAGGCCAACGGGCGACCAGCGGUGCCUCAGACCAUGUCCAGGCUCAAGGCGCAGGACGGCGUUCAUCCCGUACAUCACCGCCGGCGACCCCGACCUGGCCACGACGGCGGAGGCGCUGCGGCUCCUGGACGCCUGCGGCGCCGACGUCAUCGAGCUCGGCAUGCCCUUCUCCGACCCCUACGCGGACGGGCCCGUCAUCCAGGCCUCGGCAGCGCGGGCGUUGGCGAGCGGCACGACGACGGAUGGCGUGCUGGCGAUGCUCAAGGAGGUGGCGCCGGAGCUGUCGUGCCCGGUGGUGCUCUUCUCCUACUUCAACCCCAUCGUCCGGCGGGGGCUGGCCGACUUCGCCGCCGCCGCCAAAGAUGCCGGUGUAGACGGAGUGAAGCCAUGA